AUGACUUUGUACGACACCUCGAAUGCCCUCAUGUGCAAAGCAUUCCCGAUCUCGCUUCGGGGCCCAGCUCGGAUGCAGUACAAUCGACUUAGGCCAGCUUCAAUUGCCACCUUUGACCAGUUGGCCAGAGAAUUUGAACUCAACUUCCUAGCCAGUGUGCGACCGAAGCCGUCCGCAACCCUGCUCCUCGGCCUCAGCCAAAAGGACGACGAGCCACUUUCUCAUUUUGUGACUCACUUUGCUACUAAGAUUCGGGGGCUGCCCGACACUCAUCCCUCUUUAAUAAUGCAGGUGUUCUUGAUGGGGCUCCGACCUUCUAGAUUCUUUUGGUCGCUGGUUGAGCGGCCGCCAACGGCUAUACCCGAAAUGCUUCAGCACGCCAACCAAUAUGUAGCCGUCGAAGCUUUGAUGGCGGGAAAGAGCAAGGAGCACAAGAGGCUGCUAAGAAAGAGGAUCGACCAACCCGAUGCACCACCCCCAAGGCUCCUACUCCUACCUUUGAACUCCUCUAGGAUGAAGAUAUUCUUGCAAAUCAAGGAAAAGGGACUCCUAAAGGCCCCUAACCCGAUGAGGGCACCGUGUGAGCUCAGAGAUCGCUUGAAGUACUGCUGGUUUCAUCGCGACUACGGACACGAUACCAAGGAGUGUCGUGACCUCAAGGACUAG